AUGCCCUUUGCUCCUAGCAGCUUCUUGUUCCAAAUGUGUCUUUUGGCUCGAAGACCUCGGGUCUCUGCAAUGAAGUUUUUGGCGCUUCUGAUCCUUCACUUAGGUGUUUUGAUCAGCGCCAGCAAGCUGCGUACGCAGUCAAAUGUGGGGAUUGUAGUGGUUGGCGAUCCGUCCUUUCAGCGUCGAUUCGAUGCCCAAAUCAGAAGCCUUCGAUGCUAUGCAAAUAGGCAUGGCUACGAGAUGCACCUGCUGACUGCUUCAGAGUACGCUGAGUGCAAGCGCUUCAAGGAUUUCUUUUUCCGAAAGCAUUGCACAGUCUCCAAGUUCCUUGAAACCCAAGCUCCAUCCUUCACUGCCGCGGUCUUCGAUGGAGAUGUGGUGGUUGCAGCGCCAAUGCGUGGGCUGGACAAGUGGAUCAACCACGGCGCAGAUAUUCAACUCUACAACCGUUGCCUUUUCCACGAGAUCAUGGCAGGCAACUAUAUGGUGCGCAACACGCCUUUCGCACGGGACUUCCUUAUGCGUUGGGCCAAAUACUAUGACCAGCGACCCUCUGGCUUUUCAUCUGCAGACAAUGGAGCUAUCCAGCUCGUUGUCAUGGAAACGAUCCAAGUUGAGGGCUACAACACUUGCUAUUCAAUGUACAGAAAUCUCACAGAUAAAGUGACGAACCUGAACUCCUAUUGGGACUAUGUUCACUGCACCAAGGAGGCCAUCGGCCCAGCGCGUGCCUGGACUUUACCGAAGGGCCGGUUGACGAUGUGGCCGCGUUUGGAGUUCUAUGUGGCCGACGGAGUCUUUCUGAAUAGGUGGGCAAGCAGUGAGAUCGGACCCAUUAUGCACCACGGCGUCAAAGAUCCUCAAGACGUCGUGUCUUUCUACUACAAGGACUUGGAUCAAUGUGAAAUCAAUGAGACUUCGGUGCUACGUUCUGCGAAAGAGCUUGGGGAAACGGCCUUGCACCUCGCUCAAUCCUAUCCGGAGUACUUCCCAGCAGGCCGUGGAUGCAAACAAUGCGCCGAGACCUGCAUGGAAAGUUUUUCGUGUGAACCUCUUCAGGACAGCGAGGAGCCCCGACCGCGUCAGGUUGUAGAUUUUCGAGCUUCCAGCUUCACAAUUGUGGACUCUGCGGAGAGCAGAAGGCAUUCCUGGGGAUGGUCAAGAUGGAGCACCGUUUGA